AUGAUCACUUACGACCCCCGCUACGAGCUCCCCCGCGACCUCGAAGGCUACGGCGAACACUCCCUCAACCCCCAAUGGCCCAACAACGCCAAAAUCUGCCUCUCCUUCCUCCUCAACUACGAAGAAGGCGGCGAACGCACUGUCCUGAACGGAGACGCACACUCAGAACCGUACCUCUGGGAAAAAGGCGUCUCGUCAACCUACCUCACCGGCCACCGCCACAUCUCCGCCGAAUCGGAGUACGAGUACGGAUCUCGUUCAGGAGCGUGGCGGCUCCUCCGUCUGUUUAAGGAGAUGGGGUGGCAUUUUACGUCUUGGGCCGUGGCGCAGGCUAUGGAGAAGAAUCCUAGUUUUGCGAGAGCGUGUGUCAGGGAUGGACAUGAGAUCGCGGCGCAUGGGUUGCGAUGGUUGGAUAUUAGCGAGUAUAGUGUUGAACAGGAGAGGGAGUAUAUCCGGGAGAAUGCGUUGAGUUUGGAGAGGAGCACGGGUGUGUUUCCGAAGGGGUAUUUUUAUGGGCGAGCAAGUCCGAAUAUUCGAGGACUAUAUCCUGAGGUUAUGAAGGAGAUGGGGAGGAAGUUGUUGUACUCGAGUGAGAGUUGUUUUAAUGAUGAUGUGCCGUAUUGGGUGGAUUUGCCGUGGGAGAAAGAGUUGAAAGAGGAAGAGCGGGAAGGGUUACUGAUUAUUCCUUAUAAUUACGAUUGUAACGACGGAAAGUUCUACAUGUCGCCAGGAUUCACCGGAACGACGUAUCUCGAGUAUCUGAAGAGCACUUUCGACAUGCUGUACCGCGAGGGGUGUAACGGCAGCCCGAAACUGAUGAAUGUCCCAAUGCAUUCCCGGAUUCUCGGCAAGCCCGGCAGAGCUGAAGAUUUGAGGAAAUUCAUGCUGUAUGUGAAGGAGAAAGCGGGAGAUGACUGUUGGGUUGCAACGAGAGAGGACAUUGCAAAUCAUUUUAAGAGCAGAUUUCCCUACGUGCCUGGGCAUCUUGCUCCAGGACACCCCAAUGGACUUCAAACAUAACCAAAGCGCGUGGGUUGCCGUCCAGCAUUUUAGAAGCUUACCUAGGCAGGCUUCUCGAAGUUGGGGACUAAAGCUCCAUCAGACAGUAAAAGAUGUACGGAUGCAAUUGCAUUUUCAAAUGGGACAGUGAGAUAUGUACCAGCUGAGAGAUCAAAGGAUAUGCUGUAAUGGAGCUGGGGAAAAUUAUCCUGUCACGAACAGCUUUUGAUGUUGACUUUUGCAUUCAACAGAAAAGCGCCUACUCCGUCCACUAUGUGUUAAAACAAAUUGAAUCCGAUUCCGCCAUGAAGAGAACGUCCCCCAUGCCCCUGAAUAUCCUAUGGACUCCAAACUUGGCCAGAUCUUUCGGCU